AGCAUCCACAGAACUUUGUCUAGAAAGCAUUACUCUCUCUCUCUCUCUCUCUCGCUUGCUGUGUUCAGGCAAAGACAAUAGUCAAUCAGAAAACAAACCAUUAUUCUGCGCACCCUCUCUCUCUCUCUCUCUCUCUCUCUCCUGUUCUGAAGAGAAACAUGGAAGAAGAGAAUCAAGAGAUGGGUUUUUGAUCGUUGUUUUGGAAAUCCAACGUAAAUUAAAAAGAAAAGAAAAGGAAAAAAAAAGGGGAAAAAAUCUAACCCAUCAGAUUCAAACCCACCCCACCACCAAAUGGAGCUCACUGGUAUGCAAAGCAACAAGCAAAAUAAUACCACCAAAGAACCCCACCAAUCUCACCACCAGCAACAACACCACCACCAAGUUUUGUUUGAUGGCAGAUCAUCAGGAGGAGGACCAUCUCCAGGCCCCUUCAUGGGCUCCAUCUCUAUCCAAGCUGACUUGUCUCAUGCUUCUCACGUCCACCACCGCCAACAUCAUGGUCUUGCUUCCUCAGCUCCUAACACUUCUGGGUAUGCUCCUUCAAAUUCUUCUUCAUCUUUAUCUUCUUCUUCUUCUUCCUCCUCCUCUUCCACUUCCACCUCCACGUCUUCUGCAGCUCCUCCUCACCUCGUCGACGCGUCUCUUGCUAUCGCCACCAGAUCUGGGUCUCUUUUAGACUCAACAAAGAAGAAUCAGCAGGAGAAUCUUUCCAUAGUUACGACCGCAUCUACAACCACCACCACUUCUGUAACAGCAACACCUCCGAAGCGGUCCUCGAAGGAUCGACACACGAAGGUUGAUGGGAGAGGGCGGAGAAUUAGAAUGCCAGCAAUGUGUGCAGCAAGGGUUUUUCAAUUGACAAGAGAAUUGGGUCAUAAAUCUGAUGGGGAAACAAUUGAGUGGUUGUUACGGCAAGCAGAACCUGCGAUUAUAGCAGCCACCGGGACUGGGACUAUACCAGCGAAUUUUUCUACUCUCAAUGUUUCUUUAAGGAGCAGUGGAUCAACCCUUUCGGCUCCUCCUUCGAAAUCUGCUCCUCAUUCGUUUCAUGGAGCCUUGGCUUUGGCUCAUCAUCCUCAUUAUGAGGAAGGGUUCGCCCAUACGGCUUUGUUGGGGUUUCAUCAUCAGCAGCAGCAGCACCUGAUGACAGCAGAUCAAAUCGCGGAAGCGCUGCCAAGUGGUGGAGGUGGAGGAGGAGGGGGAAGUGGUGGUGGUGCUGGGGGAGAUUCUGGUGAGAAUUAUAUGAGAAAACGUUUUAGAGAAGAUCUGUUCAAGGACGAUAGCCAACAACAACAAGGAGAAAGUGGUGGUGGUACUAGCGGAGGUGGUGGUGGAGGAACAGGAGGAGAAGGAUCUCCCGGUAAGGUAUUUAAAAGUGGUUUGCAGCUACCAAAACCUCAGCAACAAGACACAGGAUCAUCUGGAUUACUUAGGCCUUCAAACAUUCUACCUCCCACUGCCAUGUGGGCAAUGGCACCAGCACCAAGCAGUGGCAGCACAAUCUGGAUGCUUCCAGUGACUGCUGGUGGUGCCGGUGGCGGUCCAGCCAUUGCCACCUCCACAACUAGGGCUGGACCUUCAGAACCCCAACCCCAGAUGUGGCCUUUUUCUUCAGCAACACCAGCAAGCGGAAACUCCAUACAAGCUCCAUUGCAUUUUGUGCCGAGAUUCAAUCUUCCAGGUAAUCUUGAAUUUCAAGGUGGAAGAGGAAAUGCUUUACAAUUGGGUUCCAUGUUAAUGCAGCAACAACAACCUUCACAACAUCUUGGGUUAGGCAUGGCAGAGUCAAAUUUGGGGAUGUUGGCUGCUCUUAAUGCAUAUUCUAGAGGUGGUUUGAAUAUAAAUUCCGAGCAAAAUAAUCCAUUGAAUCAACAUCAUCAACACCAGCAACCUCAAGAUACUAAUAGUGGAGAUGAAGAUCCCAAUAGUUCUCAAUGACAAGCUUAAUAAGUGGGUUUGUUGCUCUCAUUUUAAAUACAUAAAUAUGACAGCUUGAUGGCUAUGGUUUUUUUUUUUCACAUUUUAUUGCAUAGGAAGCAGCAGGAGCUAGAGAUUGUUGUUGGGUUUGCUUUCACAGAUUUGGGAAUUGAAUUUGUGUCAAGUUCUUGGAAAUUCCAUGGAUGAUGGAGGCUGAGAUUGAUCAGUGUCCUAGCAAUUUCCAUUUUGGUUUUGGUUUGUUAGUUUUUGAAUUCUUCUAGAUUGAUCAUGUGGAGUAGUUUGAGAUGUAAUUUGUUAGUUUGGUUCAAAAUGGGACAAAAACAGAGGGGAAAAAUAGAGAGACAGGGAGAGCUAGAGUUUGUAUAGGAGGAUAUUUGUUUGUGUUUAGUAUAAUUAUUUGCUUUGUUUUUAUGAGAAUGGACAAGAAGCAAAAGGAAUUGAGAGUUAAAAAAAAAAACCUUCAGUUUGCAUUUUCA